AUGGACACUCCCUUCUAUCCACUUCACCAUAGCACUUCCUCUGCCUUCCAAACCAACAACAGCAGUGUGAAAUGGCAUAAGGAAUACCAAAACAGAACAUUUCCAGAGAGAGAUAUGGAGAACACACAGGGUGGAAACCAAGGGGGCUGGUUCAGGAUCACAAUUCCUUACAGAAUAAAGUAUAACAAGACAUGGUUACUAAACUCAAUCCAAAAUCACUGUAGUGUCCCCUUCACCAUGGUCGAUUUCCAUUAUUUAAAAGACCGGGCCCAGUUCUUUAUCCAGGAUGGUAGUGCCGCCUCUGCAUUGAAGGAUAUCAACCACAAGAUUUGUGAUGAGGAAAAUAAAAAGGUAUUGCUUAUCCCACCUCUCCUUCUUGUAUCUAUACGUGUCAAUAUCUCUGCUGUACCUUACUCUGUUUUUGUUACUUACUAUUCUUAUCACUCUCAGAAUAAAUUGGAGCCAGAAGAAAUGGAGAAGCUAAAGUUAAUCAUGAGAAAAUGCUAUGAUAUUGUCCAAAAAUGUCUUGACCUCCAUAAACUUCAUUUUGACCCAGAGUUGGUGGACCAUGAUAUUGCUAUAAUACUGAAUUGAAGAAACUGCAUAUCUGCCACCCUGCAGAUCAUCAAAGAGAAUUUCUCCAAGAUAAGGCCUUAUCUUCUGUCCUUGAACUUGUGCAAGAACAAACUGUAUCAGCUGGAUGGCCUGUCUGACAUUAUACAGAUAGUCCCCACAGUCAAGAUCUUGAACCUGUCCAAAAAUGAGGUACAGUCAGCCUGGGAGUUAAGCAAGAUGAAAGGGCUGAAGCUUGAAGAGCUGUGACUAAAAGGGAACACCUUAUACAGCACAAACAAGUCCACCUAUAUAAGGUCUGUGGUAACCUCUGUCACCCCUCCUGGGGACCUUUGCACGUUGGAAGUGGCCAUGAUCGCUUUCCUGCCCCAUGAUGAGGGCCAAGGUCUCGGGGUGCUACCAUCAUGGCAUCUGUGUGUUCCUCUGACCCAAUGCCAGGAACUGGCCCUCCUUCGAAGAAACCAGGUUUCCCUGAGUCAAGUGGCCAGAAGUGGAUAUUACUUGAUCUAUGACUCUGGAGAUGAACAAGGUCUCCUCAGUGCUUGGCAUGAUGAGGCGUGCUUCUCCCUGACCAUUCCCUUAAACCCUGAAGAUGCAGCAUUAAACAGCUUGGAAGAAUACUUCAAGGAUACCAGGGACAUUAAGAAGGUUGAGGACUCUGGUAAAUCUUUUAAGCAUACAAAGUAUGACAUUGUUGACUCCCUCAAUAUGUUGCCCAAAACUCAGCAUGACUUUCACUCCUAUGUGGUAGACCUGAGCUGUUCUUUACCUUCCCUGCUCUAUUUUGCUGUCAAUGGGGUUUUUAAAGAAGUGGAAGGAAAUUCUCAAGGUUCUCUCUGUGCUUUCACCUGGACCUUCAUCUUGAUUUCUGAUAGCAAUUCCAAUUGUCUGAGGGCCCAACUUUCUCCCAGUCUGUGCAUUAUGAAUGAUGACUGUGAGGAAUACCAAGACCAAAGAAAUUCAGAACACCUUCUCCUUUCCAGUACCCACACCCUUCUCAAACUGCAUGCCCACCAUCUCCCAGAAGCAGCAGGAAAUGAUGCAGGUUUUCUGCACUCAGGCUUGGACAAACCUCCUGUGAUCUCAGAAGUGAGUGCUUAG